AUGGCUGUCGUACCUUUCCAUGUUACCGGUCCAUUCACUACUUUUGCUUAUAACCCUCCAGCCCUUUCUCUAAAUACAACAUGGACAUUGAACUCGGGAUAUGAGGCCCCGGUUAUCGGAUAUGGCACCUAUCUGAUUCCUGAAAAUAUAACCGCCCAAGCUGUUGGCCAAGCCAUCCAAUAUGGUUUUCGCCACAUAGACUGCGCAACUUAUUAUGGCAACGAGGCCCAAGUUGCCAUCGCCAUGAACCAGUCUGGUAUUCCUCGUCAAGAUCUCUUCUUUACGUCUAAAGCACCUCCUCCGAAUAACUACAACCGAACAAAGAAUGCUCUCGAGAGAACGCUCGAAGUUACUGGCCUCGAUUAUCUGGACCUAUAUCUUAUACAUACACCAGACGGUACAAGAGAAGAUCGUCUGGGGUCGUGGAAGGCUUUAGCUGAGGCCGUCGAGCAGAAGAAGGUACGUAGUAUUGGUGUGUCUAACUUUGAGCUCGAUCAGCUUGAAGAGCUUGAGGCUUGGAUCAAAGAGACGGAGAAGAAAGAGGGCAAAACCAAAGCAGGUACUCUGUCAGUCAUCCAGGUUGAGAUGCAUCCCUGGGUCAACCAGACAGACGUUGUCGAUUGGAGUUUCCAGCGCAACAUACAGGUGCAAGGCUGGUCGCCCCUUGUAAGGGCUGAAAGGUUCAACGAGACGAUGCUCCAAAACCUGGCAAAAAAACAUUCGAAGUCGCCGGCACAAAUACUCUUGCGGUGGAGCCUGCAAAAAGGAUACACCCCUCUGCCAAAGGCCGUUCAGCCAAGGCAUAUGGAGGAGAACAUAGACGUAUUCAAUUUUGAGCUUGACAGCAUGGACAUGGCGGUCUUGUUCACGGGCGUGGAUGAGCCAUAUUCGGGCAACUAG